CUUUAGAAAUUGCUUCGUUUGGUUUUUCUCCGGUCCUUGUUUCAUUUUCCCACAAAUUGCCUUUACAUUCUUUGUUUGAUUUUCUCAGAAAUUGCUUGGGUUCUCUCCAACUCCACCUGUGGCCUUUACAUUAUUUUUGCUUCCUCGUCGAGGACCGAAUCAAGUAAAGAAGUUGCCGCACUAUCACGAGACUCCACCCACCCUGUAAUCCUUAUUUGGAUCUCACCCUCUCACCUGGUUUCCUUUAUCUCUCUUGAUAACUUCUAUUUCUCCUUUUCUUCCGCGCGCUCUCUCUCUCUCUCCACCCACCUUCGAUCAAGAGCACUUGCCGAAUGCAAAAAUACCACUGUGUUUGAUCUUAUAGUGUCUUUUCGAUCUCGAUCCAGCUGCUUAGUAAUUUCCCUAGGAAAAAUUACAAGCCAAUUCUGAAACUCCUGGAAGAUUUUUGGAAAAGUGAGCAUGGUCUGGUUAUGCAUUAAAGAUCUCUGCAGCAGCCAAAACUUAAGUACAGGAAUCAGCCAAGCAUGUUAGCUGACAAACGAUAGUCAGAAAGUAGUUGAAGAGAAUUUACAGAAAGAGAAAAUGAGAGAAAAUAGGGCGCAACAGAGAGUACAGAGUUACUUGCAAUAUGGAUCGGGGUUUUAUUGUCAGUUGAAAGAGACGAUCUGGACUUCUACUAAGUUACCUGCAAGAUUCUCGCUCUUCAUCUUCCUCCUCUUCAUCCUCGUCUGCGCGUUCGUCUCCACGCGCCUCCUUAACUCCACUGAUGGUACUCGCGGCUCGGCUCAAGAGCCACUGUUAACUACCGAGACAACGACCCAAAAUCCCGAAACCCCGAUAAAGAAAAUCGAGAUCCCACUCGACUGCGAUGCUUUCAACCUCACAGGAACCUGUCCGGCAAAUUACCCCACGAUCAUUUCAGAAAAUCAAUACCGUCCAUCUGUUUCAACUUGUCCAGAGUACUUCCGCUGGAUCCACGAAGACUUGCGCCCAUGGGCUCGCACGGGGAUCACGAGAGAAAUGGUUGAUAGAGCUAAAAGGACGGCGAAUUUUAGGUUAGUGAUUUUGAAGGGCAAAGCCUAUUUGGAGACAUACACCAAGUCGUUUCAGACCAGAGACGUUUUUACGCUGUGGGGAAUCCUACAGUUGUUACGAAGAUACCCAGGAAGAGUGCCGGAUUUGGAGCUGAUGUUCGAUUGUGUUGACUGGCCGGUAGUAAAAUCGAGGGAGUAUAGUGGGCCCAAUGCAAUGGCCCCACCACCUUUGUUUCGGUACUGUGGGGAUGAUGACACGCUUGAUAUCGUUUUCCCUGAUUGGUCCUUUUGGGGAUGGCCUGAGGUCAACAUAAAGCCAUGGGAGAAUUUGCUGAAUGAUUUAAAAGAAGGCAACAAGAAGACCAGAUGGAUGGACAGGGAACCUUAUGCUUACUGGAAAGGAAAUCCAGUUGUUGCUGAAACCAGGCAGGACCUUAUGAGAUGUAAUGUCUCUGAACAACAAGAUUGGAGUGCUCGUGUAUAUGCCCAGGAUUGGAUUCGAGAAUCACAGCAAGGGUACAAACAAUCAAACUUGGCAAGCCAAUGCAGCCACAGGUAUAAGAUCUACAUUGAAGGGUCUGCAUGGUCAGUCAGCGAAAAAUACAUUCUCGCCUGUGAUUCUGUUACCUUAGUCGUAAAACCCCAUUACUAUGAUUUCUUCACGAGAAGCCUGAGGCCAAUUGAGCACUACUGGCCUAUAAAGGAUAAUAGCAAGUGCAGAUCCAUUAAGUUUGCCGUUGAGUGGGGCAACAGCCAUAAGCGGAAGGCACAGGCCAUUGGAAAGGCAGCAAGUGAAUUCAUUCAAAAUGAAUUGCAGAUGGAGUAUGUAUACGAUUACAUGUUUCAUCUCUUAAAUGAGUAUGCUAAUCUGUUGACGUUCAAGCCCGUUGUACCUCCACAAGCUAUUGAACUGUGUUCAGAAUCCAUGGCUUGCCGAUUGGGUGGAGUAGAGAAGGAGUUCAUGAUGGAAUCCAUGGUGAAGGGCCCUGCAGAGACGAGUCCAUGCACCAUGCUUCCUCCCUACGACCCUCCAUCUCUUCACGCCAUUUUUAGGAGAAAAGAGAAUACAAUAAAACAAGUAGAGUUAUGGGAGAAGAAAUACUGGGACAAUCAAAAUAAUUAAUUAAGAAAUCCUUGGAAUGUACAACAUAUAUAGUGCCUUCAUAUGAUUAUUUAAUUAUUGUUGUUGAUGCCAUCUUUAGCAGAAACAGAGAAUUAAAUAAAACAAGUUUGAGUUGC